AUGGCGUCCCCAGGGCCCCAUGGUGUCGUUCGGGAGCUUCAGCAACCCGUCAUGCUCCCCCCGCAGAUGGUACCACCCCAGCUUCCGCCUCACUACAGUUCGACGCCUCUUCAGGUUCCUUACGCCGGAAAGCGGCACGGAACAAAAAGGCAGCGAACAGACGAUGGGCCAAGUGGCGAGAAUGAUGAUACCACCGCAGGGCUUGGCCUGUCAAUGCUUUCUGAAACCUCACAUGCUGACGAUUCGCAGUCAGCCGACAUCCUCCUACCUGGGCCAACUGAUCAUUCUUCCCAUCAUCACCAUCCUUCCGUCCAGCACGACUAUCCCUCUCCUCCGCUACAUCAGCGGCAUCAUCACCAUCACCGCCUUCCCUCCCAGGCAACCAUUUCUGGCACGCAGAGUGGCGACACAGACCUAACUUCUCCUGGCGGAGUGACCGGCACUCAGAGCGUGGUUGGCCAGCCGGGAAUGCCCGAUCCAGCACCUCGACCGAGGGGACCGAAAUUAAAAUUCACGCCCGAGGAAGAUAGCCUACUUGUCGAGCUGAAGGAGAACAAGAACCUGACAUGGAAGCAAAUUGCCGAUUUCUUCCCUGGUCGGACAAGCGGCACAUUGCAAGUGCGUUACUGCACCAAACUGAAAGCAAAGGCGACCGUUUGGACAGACGAAGCGGUGCAACGGCUGCGUAACGCAAUCCAAGAUUACGAAAAUGAUCGCUGGCGCGUCAUUGCCACGAAGGUCGGAAGUGGAUUCUCCCCUGCAGCAUGUCGUGAAAAAGCUGCGGAACUGUAA